AUGCCACCCCCGCUACCUUCCCAACACCGCGGUAUGACCGCAAACCCACUCAAACCUAGCCGGUACCGACCUGGAAAACCGAUUGCCGAAGAGCCCUCGUCAUCUGAGGAAGAGGAAGAGGAAGAUGAAGAAGAACAGAUCAAGGAGCAGGAGCGACGCAGGCUGGAACAACAGCGCAGGCAGCGGGCGCAGGCGCCGAAGGCGACUUCUUUCCCCGGUGGGAGCAUUACUAAGGGUGUGAAGAAUGUGCAAAUAGAAGAGGAGGAGGAUGAGGAGGGCUUCGUUACUGAGGAAGAGGAGGAAGAGUCGAAACCUGCCCCUCGUGUUGCUGGCGACAAAGGGGGUGCGGCGGCCGCAGCUCCUGUUCAGGCAGCCAGUGGACCGGUGAGCAAAGAGGAAAGUGAGGAGGAAGAGGAAGAGGAGGAGAGCUCUGAGGAAGAGAGUAGUUCGGAGGAGGAGACGCCGAGGAGGGUUCUUCUACGACCUACAUUUAUCAAAAAGGACAAGCGCAACAAUGCAGCAAAUCAGACACAGAAUGGGCAGGGAGCAGCACCUAAAACAACCGCUGCGGAUUCAGCGGCGGAGGCAGAGGCCCGCAGAGCGCAACGACAAGAAAAGGCCGAUAUGUUGGUGCGCGAGCAAUUGGAGAAGGACGCAAUCGCCCGGAGCGCUGCAAACAAGCAAUGGGAUGACGAUGAAUUAGAGGCAGUUGAGGAAAGUGGCCUUGACGAUAAGGAUGGAGUAGACCCCGAAGCUGAAUAUGCCGCCUGGAAACUCCGCGAACUCAAGCGCGUCAAGCGAGAGCGUGAGGCAAUCGAAGCCGCCGAGAAGGAGCGCGAAGAGGUCGAGCGUCGUCGGAACUUGACAGCGGAGGAGCGUGAACGCGAAGACCGCGAAUUUAUUGCCAAGCAGCAAGAAGAGAAGGAAGCUACUCGAGGACAGGGAGGAUUUAUGCAGCGCUACUUUCACAAGGGUGCCUUCUUCCGCGACGACCUGGAGAAGGAAGGAUUGGACCGGAGAGAACUCAUGGGUGCCAGAUUUGUGGACGAUGUAUCACGCGAAACUCUGCCUGAGUACAUGCAGAUUCGAGAUAUGACAAAACUUGGAAAGAAGGGUCGGACACGAUACAGGGAUCUGAGAACGGAAGACACAGGGCACUUCGGUGAUGGCUUUGAAAAUAGACGUCGUCGCGACGCUCCGGUCGGCGUCAGAGAUGAACGAUUCCUGCCAGAUCGGCCAGAUGACCGACGUAAGGGGCCUACGGGAGCCAAUGCUGGUCCGGUGCGGGAGAGACGGAGGUCGAGAUCUAGAUCACACUCACCAAGACGGGACCAACGACCUGACAGAAGGGAGCGCCGUGAGAGUCCCAGCCGGGACCGUUCGAGAGAUCGGCACGGCCCUGACUCAGGCAAUCGCAGGAAACGGAGCCCUUCUCCGUAUGACGAUCGCGAAAAGCGCAGACGGAUGAGAAGUGUUUCGUAA